AUGUCAUCCACCAAGAAUAAUCAAGAUCCUCAGGAUCCAUCACUGUCUUCAUCAGCUUCAAAACCGUCAGAGAGUAACCCUAUUAUCGAAACAGAACAGGACGCUCAAGCUUCACCUGGCAAACGACUGGGAAGGCCUAGACCAGCGCAACCCCAGCGGAGGACUACUUAUGGUCAGAGGCCUUCAAUAAACUUGAAAAUCUUCCUUUCAAUGGCUAACGCGUUUCUAGGCACAAUGGACUCGCAGGAUACAGGCGGACGCGGAUCUCGCACGGAAGGAAGCUCCGUGACGACAUACGAGCCCAUUCGACCGGCUCACAUCUCGUGGCGGUCGACGGAACGAACAGCCAAAAAGCCACCAACCUUACGCAGGACUUCUACCAAACCACAUAGAGGACAAGAAUUCUCAGUAGAUGAUGAUCCAAGGGAAUAUGAGGAAGACAAUGCCCUUUAUAAACACCCCUCCAUGAGGUCGACUGCAUCACUUCGUCGAAGGGGUACCCACAUCCAACAACCUAUGCUCGAACGUGUUGAUUCGAGAGACGAAAGUGGAAAUGAUGAUAUACCAUCAGCUGAAUCCAGUAACCGCUUAGGUGAUGACCGGGGCGAGCCCUCUGGACUCAGCAGCAUGAGCGUUGAUGGUGACGACGAUUCUCAUAGCGACGUGAGUGAUGCGGAAAGCUUCACGCUUAAAGACCGCCAGCAAGCCAUAAAUGAGACCCAUCCAUUUGGUAUAAGGAUCUGGAAACCAGCUCUUUAUAAGAAGCUUCGAUCUGUCGAAAAGACCGCAGAGGGAGAUAUCCAUUCAGUGCCCGGAGAGCGAGUUAGCAACUGGCUCUAUAUGGCCAAUUUUCUAUGGUCAAUCAUUUUCGGUUGGUGGUUGGCGCUGGCUGCCCUUCUCGGCGCUCUUGCCUGUUUUCUCUUGGGCUUUUCGCCCGAUUCCAUGGCUUAUGGGAGAGUGUUUUCCCACCUGUCUCUCUACCUGCUCUAUCCUUUUGGAUCCUUUGUCCGUCUCGAAUCCGAUGAGAACUACGCACUUGAAGAUGAAGGUGAAGGUCGCAGUAUCAGCGAGUAUGAGCAAUGGCAAAGUGGAGAUCUUGAACAUGGAAGACUUUUCUUUGGCCCUAUUUCUGAUAGGUCACUGGUCGGACGUCGCAGAAAUAGCAUCGACUCCGCUAGUGAAAAUGAUAGCCUGCUUGGCAGGACAGGAAGAGCAUCGCGAGAGGAGAAUUCUUUGAGGAUCAAGAAACGCUUUUUCGGCCGCGGGGAGUGGACCUUUGGAAGAGUCAUAUUUUAUACGUGGUUCUACUUUGUGAUCGGUCCAUUGAUGCUCCUUGUCUCUCUUGUCUGCUGGUUGAUGGUCUUCUGGAUUCCCAUGGGCAGAGUCACCCUCAUUUUAUUACACCAUCUUCGCCGCCACCCUUUGGCACUUUCGUUCCAUUCGGAUACGACUUACACUCGGUCACCCUCUCGGCCUUCUUCUUCGAUCUUACUUUGUACGUACCGCGCUGCUGGCCUUAAAUACUGGAAAUACACCAUCGACGGAACCAACAUUUUCCUCAUCAAUCUCCUUGCUGUGGUUCUGUUCACCAUUCUAGAUUAUUUUGUCUUAAACCAGAUGCUGAACGUAAAAUCGUGGAUCACUCACUCCGGCUUGAUAUUUUCAUUAGCUCUAAUGUCCAUUAUCCCUUUGGCAUAUUUCAUCGGACAAGCUGUGGCGUCCAUUUCCGCUCAAUCAUCAAUGGGAUUAGGUGCUGCUGUCAACGCCUUUUUUUCGACGGUGGUCGAGCACGAAUUAAAGUGCAUGUCAUGUACCAGCAGUGGGCUGGGUGGACCAAGGGACUGUCGUCGUUGCUACUUCUCAGAAAAACCUGAACUUCAGGACAGAUUUUUCCUGAAAGCAGUGCAGCCGAUUUCUUGGUUUGCAGCUUUGCUGCUUUUCUUAUCAUACGUAAUUGGGCUUUGGUUUACAUUGAGGACCCAUGCUGCUAUUAUCUGGGCAAGCGAGCUUGAUGAGAAAAAGCCUCUACACACACCUACACACCCACACACCCCUCAUCUCCUUCCCCCAGACUCCGAUUUUUCCAGCGGAAAAGCCAAACAAGUUACUUCCGCUAACGGGCCCCAACAUGUCAGUCAUGGAGGCACUUAUCAGCGAAGCGGGUCUAUUCGAGAUUCUCAGCUGUACACUCGCAUUCUGGGGCAGUCAUUAAAACAUGUUGGCCUUCCUUCAAAAUCAAACGAUGGCAGUUUGGAACAACCUUCGACCCAAACAGAAAACCAAAAUAUUACUCCCCACCUUGUUCCACCCAAAGACCAUGAUAACAUAGCUGAAACUCUCUGCCUUCCUGGCCUGUCGGAAGAACAAAAUGAAUUGUUUGUCCGUAAGGUGGCAGAGGUAGCCGCUACCGCCGCUGCUGUGGCAGCCCGUGAUGUUACAACCCGGCAAAGAAGGCCACCAAUUGCUUCUCACGCCUCCGAACAUCCACAUAACAAACCAGUUGGCGUUUCCAGCACAGCUCACGCUGAAGAUGUGGAAGAAGGCGGACUGCUUGCUGAAACCCACGUCGCGGAAGCGGGUGGUCACGACGCGCCCAAUUGGAGCAAGAUGAAGAGCUCCGUCAUUCUUCUAGGUGCCACGUUGCUUUAUGCGAUCAUCGCUGAGAUAUUGGUAAACACAGUUGAUACUGUGCUGAACAAUUUUGAUAUAGAUGAAAAGUUUCUAGGCAUUACGCUCUUCGCGCUAGUUCCGAAUUCUACGGAGUUCUUGAAUGCCAUUUCCUUCGCCAUCAACGGAAACAUAGCUCUAUCAAUGGAAAUCGGUUCUGCAUAUGCCCUGCAAGUGUGUCUUCUGCAGAUCCCCGCCUUGGUGUUAUUCAGCGCCAUAUACACCCAAUUCAUAGACAAAAAGGAUCUCCUAGAACACUCUUUCAACUUGAUAUUCCCACAAUGGGAUAUGAUCACCGUGAUCCUCUGCGUUUUCCUCCUGUCCUACAUGUACGGCGAGGGAAAGAGUAACUACUUCAAGGGUUCCAUCCUUGUCCUUUCAUACCUAUUUGUGAUUGCCGGUUUUUAUUUGUCUGACUUUAACGAUAUAAACGCCAUGGACGUUGAUCCGGCUGAUAGCUUGGCCAUGGGCCAGAGUGCUGUGUUUCGGACCAUUGGUAGGACGAAGGGAGUCAGUGGUUUUGCCUGUCGACGGAAAAAGGGAGGAGGGGGGCAGGAUUUCGGAUUAUGGCUGGGGUUGGUACAAGGUUGCUUUAAUAUGGUUAGUUAG